CAGCGCCUCCCCCCUCGUCCUCCUCGGCUCCUCCCCGAGCCCCCCUGCUGGUCAGAACUCCGAGUCGAAUCGCUGCUCCCCCCCAGCUCCCUUUACCUUCGCCAGCAAGCAAGCCGCUAGCAUCAAGCUACUAGAUCGCGGCGGGGAAGCUCCUCGCCUCCCUUACCGGCCCGCUCCGGCGGGGGAGAAGCGUCAUCCCGCUGCAGCCGGGACGCCCAGUUCGCGCCGCCAGACCGGGCGGCGGCUUCCGCGGGGACCGCCCCUUGGCUCCUGGCGCGGCGGGGGGUCGUGGCGGCGGGCGAGAUGAGCAGCCACGCGGCCGGGACCAGCAACGGCGGAUCCGUGGAUGCGGCCGCCGCAGGCGCGGGAAGGAGGAACACCCGGAUGCCCAAGUACUCCAAGUUUACACAGCAGGAGCUGCCAGCUUGUAAGCCAAUUCUUACUCCAAAAUGGGUUGUCUCGGUGUUCUUUAUCGUCGGUGUCAUUUUUGUUCCCAUCGGUGUUGUUUCACUGCUAGCUGCACGACAUGUUGUUGAGAUUAUUGAUCGGUAUGAUGAGGCAUGUGUGCCAGUCAACAUGACUGAUAACAAGCUUGCUUACAUUCAGAAUGAAACCAUAUCCAAAGAAUGCAUAAGGAAUCUAACGGUUACGAAGGAUAUGAAGCAACCAAUAUUUGUGUAUUAUGAACUCGAUAACUUCUACCAGAACCAUAGGAGGUAUGUAAAGAGCCGAAAUGAUGCACAGCUAAGAGAUAAGCGUAAAGCUAACCAGACAUCUGCUUGUGAACCUGAGAAGACCACGGCUAAUGGACAACCAAUUGUUCCUUGUGGUCUCAUUGCUUGGAGCUUGUUUAAUGAUACAUAUAGUUUCACUCGUGGUAAUGAGAACUUGACAGUGGACAAGAAAGACAUUUCCUGGAAGAGUGAUAGGGAGCACAAAUUCGGCAAAGAUGUCUUUCCAAGCAACUUCCAGAAUGGUGCACUUAAAGGUGGAGCAACUCUUGACCCAUCAAUCCCGUUGAGCGAGCAAGAGGACCUUAUCGUUUGGAUGAGGACUGCAGCACUUCCUACUUUCAGAAAGUUGUAUGGGAGGAUAUACUUUGACCUCAAGGAGAAUGACACGAUAACAGUGAGGUUGCGUAACAACUACAAUACAUAUAGCUUCGGCGGCAAGAAAAAGCUGGUCCUAUCGACUGCAACUUGGCUCGGAGGGAAGAACGAUUUUCUUGGCUUUGCAUACCUUAUAGUUGGUGGGCUCUGCAUUUUCCUGGCAUUCGCAUUCACCUUGCUGUACUUCAUAAAACCAAGGAAACUGGGAGACCACAACUACUUGUCCUGGAACAGACACCCUGCAGGCCGCUAAUAUGCUUUGGAACCCCACAGCGCGUAAAGUGGCCCAACUACUAGGAAAUGUAACUUGUAUGAAAUGCAAUGCCCAAACCAGAAAUUGCCGCUGAGCAUAAGCAAGUUUGUUCAGGCUAUAGAACUUGAUGUAAAUUGUUUGCAAAGGGAUCUACGUGACUACGUUGUUUUCUUUCCUUGUUUCUUGUGUUCUUAGGGCUGCAUGUAGCAGUGAUCACGAGAAUACCUAUUGAUCCCUAAUGCCCUGUUUCGUGGUAUGAGUGCUCAAAACGAUUCCCUAUGUAAUAUUUCAUAUUCCGUGUGAUGUUCAAAUGAUGCAUGAUCCGGCUACUGAAUGUUAACCGUGUGUGGUAUUCAGGUUAAUGAUGUAGGUUGAUUGUAAUAUUGAUUGUACCAAGUUCUGUACAAAUUGAUAACUAUGUGAUGGCCGAAUAGAUUCA